AUGGGUUCCACUGCGCCUACCACUGUCCCUUCUGGUGGCCUCGUCUUGGUCACCGGUGUGAAUGGCUUCCUGGCCUCUCAACUCGCCCUCAACCUCGGCUACAAGCUUCGAGGGACUGUACAAUUCCAGGAUAAGGCGGACUGGAUUACGGAAGCGGUCACGAAACGCUAUCCCGACGCCUCCUUCAAGACGGUGGUGGUGCCGAACAUCUCCGUUCCCGGCGCCUUCGACGACGCGAUCCGCGGCGUGGAUGGCAUCGCCCAUGUGGCCAGCGACCUGUCCUUCGGUAGCGAUCCCGAAAAGGUCAUCACUCCCAUGCUGGAGGCCCUCCGCAGCUUCCUGCGCAGCGCCACCAAGGAACCGAGCGUCAAGCGCUUCGUGUUGACCAGCAGCGCCAUUGCCGCUUUGACUCCGCAGCCGGAGAAGGAGAUGCACGUCGACGCCAACACCUGGAAUGACAGCGGCAUUGAGCGGCGUGGCGUUCGGCGCCGUACGACCCCGAGCGGUGCUAGGACGAAAACAAGCCCGUCUUUGUCGCCAACACCAUCCUUACCGGAUUUUAUUGUGGGCCCAAUCAUCCAUGCAAAGCAGAACGGCAGCACCGGCCGCUGGGUGAAGGAGUUCUUUGAUGACCCUGUCAAUUACUACAAGCCCCUGCAGACCAUCAUUCCCCGGCACUUUAAUGAGCGCCUUCUGGCCUUUGCCGGCCCCUUCAACUUCAACAACUGGUUGAGCGUGUUCCGGAAGAUCGAUCCUGCGAAGCCGUGGCCGGAGGAUGAUCCGAAUCAGGCCCAUGAUCGCAGUACUGUGGAUACUCGGAGGUCGAAGGAGCUCUUGAAGCGGUACUCAAGACCUGACUUUACGUCGUUCGUUGAAAGUGUGCGCGAUAACUGUCUUAAUAGCGACCCGGAGUGGAAGCGGUCGAACUUUCCCUGA